GUCUCAUACGCACGCUGCCAAGCACGCCGUUGCGUGGUGCGAUGUCUGCUGCUGUUGCAUAGCAAAACGUCGCAGUGCUUUUGAGAAGUGAGAUAAUAACCGCAGGCAGUUAUGUCGUUCUUCAUAAGAAAUGCAGGAGGGGGGAGUCGGUCUCAGCCACGCUUGAAAGACCGGAAGAAACGCGCUGGAAGUUCGGCGAAAGCAAACCAUGCCAGCAAAAAGAGCAGAGUACUCUCCAAGGGCAAACGUGCUGAUGAAAUUGUGUCGAGUGAAUCGGAAGCAGAAAAUGACAUCGUUCUCGGCCGUCAUCACGCCUCGGAGGACGAGGAAGAGCUUGAAACUGAGCAAGAGAAAAAGCUAAGGCUAGCAAAAAAGUACCUCGCCGAAAUUGAGAAGCAGGAGCGAGAAAAGCUUGAUGCCGAAGAAAUAGACCGCUCUGUUGUAUCUCAUCGACUGCGUACUGACUUACUAGAACAAAGCGGGCAACUUCACAAAAAGAUAGCAGAGAAGGUGCAAGCUGUGGACAAGGAGCGCAUUUUGACCCUUAAAGGGCACAAGCUGUCCGUAACAUGUGUGACAGUCUCGCACGAUGGCCAGCACAUCUUCAGUGGCUCCAAAGACUGUAGCAUAAUCAAAUGGUGCGCAAAGAUGGGCAAGAAGCUCUUCACCGUACCAGGUGCCAAGAAAAACCAAGAUCCAAAGUCUGGACAUGGAGGCCAUGUCCUGGCCAUUUCCAUUUCUUCGGAUGGCACAUACCUGGCAAGUGGCUGUCAACUCAAGGUUAUAUUUAUUUGGAACCCAACCACGAUGCAACGAAUCCACAUGUUCCAGGGUCACAGAGGUCCAGUUAUGGGCCUUGCUUUUCGAACUGGAAGCCACCAGCUGUACAGUUGCUCAGCCGACCGCUCUGUGAAGGUCUGGAACCUGGACGAGAUGGCCUAUGUGGAGACACUUUUUGGCCACCAGGACACAGUCACUGCGAUUGACAGCUAUACCCGUGAGCGGGCUGUCACCGCGGGCAGUCGGGACAACACGGUGCGCGUCUGGAAGAUCCCAGAGGAGUCUCAACUUGUCUACCAGAGUCAUAGUUGCUCUGUCGACUGUGUCAGAAUGAUCAAUGAGCAGCACUUUGUGUCCGGAGCUGAUGAUGGGUCACUCAGCCUUUGGGCUGCUCUAAAGAAGAAGCCAACUUGUGUGGUUCAUCAAGCACACGGUUCCCAGGAUGGAGCCCCACUCUGGAUUACCGCAGUAGCCGCCCUACGUUGCACAGACCUGAUAGCUUCAGGUUCCUGGAACGGAGAAGUGAAGCUAUGGAGUUCCGGAGAAGAGUGCAAAAAACUGAAAGAAGUCGCAAGCAUACCAGUGGAAGGGUUUGUGAAUGCCCUUGUUUUCAACAGUUCUGGAGAUAUCCUGGUAGCAGCAGUGGGUCAGGAACACCGGUUAGGGCGGUGGUGGAACUUGCGAGGAGCGAAGAAUUGUGUCGUAGUUCUCCCCCUCAUCUUCAAAGAUGUGUAAUAAAGUGACAUAGUAGUA